CAUUGUUAAGACAUUAUAUAAUCAACGUUGAAGUCCAUUGGGACACCAAAAUGGCUAAGAUCACCAUUUUCUUACUGCUUACGUGCGCUUUUGGAUAUUCGAUAUGCAUCGAAUCUUCGUCCGCCUCGGAAAAAUCAGAACCAUCCAAAGAACGCAAUGACGCCAAAGAUGCUGACAUAUCGGAUAGACGAAUAAUUUAUUCGCAAGAUGUUUCUGGACUCCAACAGAGACCACGGUUGUUACAAAACGCGUCGCCAGUACAAUGUCACGUGUGCACAGAUUGUCCAAAUGUUAACGAAGACACCCCAACAAAGCUGUGCCCUUACAGUCUAGAUCCAAGUAAAAGGGGGAAAUGUGUGACAUAUGCGGAAAAAUAUAAACAUAUGCAAAGAUCGUGGUACAUCCGAGGCUGUGCAUCGGAACGAGGCUCCUGUGACGACUUAAAAAGGGCUCACGAAAACUUCGGUGACAUGGUCAGCCUUCUCUCUUGCAAUGAGUGUGAGGGAGAUAAAUGUAACCGAAAUGGGGCAUCCACAUUAGCAGACUAUACUAUAGCGUUCAUCACGCUUAUAGUAACACCAUUUAUUUCUAAGGUUACUUUAUCCUAAACGAGCAACAAGGCUUUGAUUAGAGGCAAAAAGAUAACUGCACAUUUAAAAAUCUAUUGACUUACUAAUAAGACCACAAUAUUGGACAUAAAAAAUAUUGUAUAGAACUUUUAUGUCUCUAAUCAAUUUAAAUAAAUGUAGCCUAAUGAAGACAAAGCUUCGAACAAAUGUUAGUAAUGAGUAAUUAUUAGUUAUUUAAGAGCCUGCUAAUGUCUCAAUGUUAGUAAAACGUUUUCCUACAA